AUGCGGUCUCAGCUUCUCCGCGCCGCGGCGCGCUCCAGGACAUGUUCCUUGAGCCAACGGACGACACGGACAUUCGCCUCCUCUGCACGACGGCCCGCCGAGGUCGAACUCACAAUUGAUGGAAAGAAAGUGUCGAUAGAGGCUGGAUCAGCUCUCAUCCAGGCUUGUGAAAAAGCUGGUGUCACAAUCCCCCGAUUUUGUUAUCACGAAAAACUCCUGAUCGCCGGUAACUGUCGUAUGUGCUUGGUCGAAGUCGAACGAGUCCCGAAGCCCGUAGCGUCCUGCGCAUGGCCCGUCCAACCCGGCAUGGUCGUCAAGACCAACUCACCCAUGACACACAAAGCAAGAGAGGGUAUCAUGGAGUUUCUACUCGCCAACCAUCCCCUCGAUUGUCCCAUUUGCGAUCAAGGUGGACAAUGCGAUUUACAAGACCAGUCAAUGAGAUAUGGCGCUGACCGGGGCCGAUUUCACGAAGUCAGCGGCAAGCGUGCAGUCGAAGACAAGAAUAUUGGACCAUUGAUCAAGACUUCGAUGAACAGAUGUAUCCACUGCACAAGAUGUAUUCGGUUCACCAACGAGAUCGCCGGUGCACCAGAGCUGGGGUCUACGGGGAGAGGCAACUCUAUUGAAAUCGGCACAUAUCUGGAACGAAACCUCGAUACGGAACUUUCGGGUAACGUGGCCGAUUUGUGUCCCGUAGGUGCUUUGCUCACCAAACCGGGCGCUUUCAGCUACAGACCCUGGGAACUCACAAAAUUCGAGUCAAUUGACGUCUUAAACGGACUGGGGUCGAACAUCCGGGUGGACACCAGAGGUUUGGAAGUCAAGCGGAUCCUGCCCAGGUUGAAUGACGAUAUCAAUGAAGAAUGGAUCGAUGACAAGACACGGUUCGCUAUGGAUGGAUUGAAGACACAGAGACUUACCACACCUCUGAUCCGGAGAGAUGAUAAAUUCUUGCCUGCCACAUGGGAGCAGGCUCUUACCGAGAUUGGCAAUGCCUACCUCAGACUGAAACCUGCCGAGAACGAAUUCAAGGCGAUCGCCGGACAUCUCAUUGAAACGGAAUCCCUGGUCGCCAUGAAAGACCUUGCCAACAGAUUGAACUCGGAAAACCUAGCCCUGGAUCAGCCCGGCGGUAGUGCCCCGAUUGCGCACGGUGUUGACGUCCGAUCAAACUACCUCUUCAACUCCAAGAUCUUUGGCGUCGAGGACGCAGACGCCAUGCUCAUCAUCGGGAGCAACCCACGAUGGGAAGCUGCCGUUUUGAACGCCAGAAUCCGAAAGCAAUGGCUGCGAGCACCUCUCGAGAUCGGAUACGUUGGUGAGCCUUUCGACAGCACUUUCGAGUAUGAUCACCUCGGCACCGAUGCCGCGGCGGUGAAGAAGGCUCUGGCUGGCGACUUCGGCAAGAAGCUGGCAUCGGCCAAGAGACCGAUGAUCAUUGUGGGCAGUGCGAUUGCCGAACACCCUGACGCAGCGGCCAUCUUCGAGAUGGUCGGCAGCUUCGUGGACAAGAACGCAGCCAACUUCCUCACCCCCGAAUGGCAAGGCUACAACGUCCUCCAACGCGCCGCGUCGCGAGCUGGAGCUUACGAGGUCGGCUUCACCACUCCCUCGCAGAAGGUCGCGGAGACGAAACCCAAGAUGGUCUGGCUGCUCGGCGCCGACGAGAUCACCGAGGCAGAUAUCCCUAAAGACGCCUUUGUGAUUUACCAAGGCCACCACGGCGAGACUGGUGCACAACUGGCCGACGUCGUCCUCCCGGGCGCCGCUUACACCGAGAAGUCCGGAACAUAUGUCAACACAGAAGGCCGCGUCCAGCUAUCCCGUGCUGCUGUUUCGUUGCCCGGCGCCGCACGCACCGACUGGAAGAUCAUCCGCGCGGCAUCCGAGUUCCUGGGCGUCCCUCUCCCGUAUGAUGACCUCGAAGUUCUCCGCGACCGUCUCGAAGAGAUCAGCCCCGCCCUCCGACGCUACGACACUCUCGAACCUACCACCCUGGCAAGCCUGAGUAAAGUCCAGCUGGUGGAUGCCCACAAGGGCGCCAAACCCUCGGGCAAGCCGUUCGAACUGCCCAUCAAGGACUUCUACAUGACAGAUGUGAUUUCAAGGAGUUCCCCAACAAUGGCUCGCUGCUCAGCGGCCAAGAAGACAGGCAAUCCAAACACGAACUUCAUGGCCCCAGGCGAGCCGGAGGCGCAGAUCUCGUACGGUUAA